CUCUUCCCAUACCUUCUCGGCGGAUUGGCCAACAUAAAUCCCGCAUCCGAUUCCGUCCAAGGUCGACUCCCGAGUAUUUGAGAGGCAGUUGCUGCCACGAGUGACCUAGAAAACCCCUUGCAUACAUACCCCCGGGCAAGUACAGGGCGUGUGCGUCUUUGCCAGCAUUCUUGCUCCCGCCAGCUAUGUGGAAGCCGCACCUUAACUUUAUCACGUUGCAUUAUGCAUAUAUCAUCUUUCUCAGCAUUUUAGCCUUAGUCGUUGUCUAUCCUCAGAGAAAUUUGAGAGCGGUCGAUGCCUACUUCUUUGGAGCCAGCGCUUCAACCGAGUCUGGGCUCAAUACCAUCGACGUCAAGGAGCUCAAAAUAUAUCAACAGGUGUAUUUAUACCUAAUACCUACUCUCGGUAACCUUGGAUUUAUUAAUAUCCUGGUUGUUCUCGUUCGAUUGCGUUGGUUCAAGAAGCGUUUUGAGGCUGCCGCACCUGACCUCCUGGGAUCCAAACCGCAAAAUGUAGUCAAUGACCCCGACCUUGAAGAGAAAACCGUUGGCGACCGACAAGAUAUGGUCAAGAGCCACAAGUCGUCGGAACAACCUAUUGAUUCGGAUGGACAAGGUAACAGACGGCCUGUGUUGCCCUCACAAGGUUGCAUCCCGGUCUUGAAUAGAUCCCCAGACAACGUAUCGGAGGGCCAACAGGUCAAUGUGACCACUGUCGAACCGCUACGUGCGGCUACUGUAUCUUUUGCAGAGCAUGUAAACACAGAUAGCAAAGCUCUAUACAUCCCCCCUCCCUGGGCGAGGGAUAGAGGUAUUUCGCAAUUGGGGAUUGACCUGGCUAUAAAAUGUUGCUGACAGAUGCCCUUUUUCUGCAGGAUUCCCUAUCCUAGAAGUCUGCGACAGUGAAUCAGGCGACCUAGAUCUCGAUAGAGCCAAAUCUAGCACGGCAGAUUCCCUGGCCUUGGACCCCUCUCGCCGAUAUUUGAAGCACAGACUCUAUUCUACAACUAUCCCAUUGGAACGCAUUGCUUCCAGGAUGUUCACGAUGGAUCCAACCCCGAGUCACUGCCAACCGGCUCGGUCCUUAUCGCGGACACCGCUCUCGAAGGAUUUGGCUCUUCCCAACCUCUCUUCCAAGGCGACUGUGGGUCGGAACUCACAGUUCCACAACUUGACUGAAAGGGAUAGAGAGUUAUUGGGGGGGAUUGAAUACCG